AUGGACCUGACAUCAGCCUGCUGCUCUGUGAUUUUCACCUGCCUUCUCUCGGCUGUCUGUUCAAUCCAGGAAAACAUCAUAGCUGUGUCCAAACAGAAGACCAUUCUGACAUGUCGAGCUUCAAACGACAACAACAUCUUAGCUGUAAAGUGGAGCAGAGUUGACCAGAAGGAGGGAUAUGUCUUUUUGUACCAGGAUGGGCACGUUAUUCCAGAUUAUCAGGAUUCAUCUUUUAAGAACCGGGUGGAUCUGCAGGGAAGACAUAAGAAGGAUGGAGACGUGUCUCUGAUUCUGAAGGAUGUCACAACUGCAGAUGCUGGAACAUACAAGUGUCAUGUUGCCCAGAAAUCAGGGGAACCUAUGAGCCUCAUCACCACCAUAAACCUGAGUGUUGUUGAUCCUCCAGGUCAGACAGGAGGACACACAGAGGCUGGAGGGAAGGAGGCAGAAGAGAAGGAAGCAGGAGGGAAGGAGGAUGAAUCUUUUGGACUGAAAGUUGGUCUUCCUGUUGGUGUUAUUGUUGCUGCUGUUGUUGUUGUUGGUGGUGUUUUAAUCUACAGGAAACUUAAACCACAGAGUCAGGGUUCAUACCAGCCUCCAGCUGAACAGCAGCCUGUUUGAAAUGUGAAAAUAAGAUUUUCACAAGUUAUUAAAUGUUAUUUUUGUUUGGUGCAAAACAUCGACAAACAGUCCAACAGAGAAACAGAGUCAGGAUUCGCCUCCUUGAACUCUCUCAGAGGGCUUCCAGCUGAUCUGAGUCUCCUGCUGCUGUUCCAGCUUCUCAGAGCAGAGACAGACGAGGACAUCCUGGAUUUGUUGUUCAGCAUCUUUGUGAACGAUUUCAUCACAUUGUGUUGAACAGUUUUAAAGAUGGAUUCAUUCCAAAAGAAGAUUGAACUAAUGUCGUACAUUUCCUUCUUUUUCUUUAGUUUGCUUGAAUUUCAGACGUGUCCUGUUUCUGCUGUAUGUGUAGCUGUUAGCUCAUGACCUCUGCUCCUGCUGAGCUGAAGCCUCAGACUGUUUCUGUAGUUUAAAUAGACAUCUAUAAUAUAUAUUUGUAUAUAUUAAAUUACACGGAGCUUUUA